UGAUGCGUUGAUUUGCGGCCUGCGUCUGGCCCAGCCCAGCUCGCCGUCGCGCUCGGGGUGUGCACGGAGGAGCCCCGGCCGCAGCUCUGCUCCCUGCGUGUCUGGGUGCGUUUGAUCCCCAGCCAGCGAGGCUGCGGGGCUGGGCCGGACGGGGACAGGAGGCCAGACCGGACCAGGCGCCUGCAGCCCCUGCAGCUCGUUAAGGCCUGAUGCAUUGUCCUCUUUCAUCUGCACCAAGGUGCGCAGCAGCUGAGUUAGGGCAAGGUAAACCGCUGGAGCCCCAGCCCCAGUCAGGAGGAAAAUAAACCUCCUUGGUCUUUAUUUGCAUCCUGGCAGGUGUGGCCCAACCACGGAGGCGGCGACCACCCCAGCCUGACCUCAGGGACAAGUACCGCGUGCAAGCUGGGCUCAGCUCCUCUAGCCUGGGCUGCUCUCCGCACACGGUCCUGGAGUUACACAGGGACAUCUGUGUGUCAGCUCUGGGUUCUCAGAUGUAAAUCCCAGCAGCCUGGCUCCAUCAGGGUUUCCUGUUUCCAGCUGCACUCGUCCUUCUAGACAUGCCGUGUUUUAUCCAGCACCCUCGGGGCCAGGCCCUGUCCGGGGCUGGGGAUGCUCUGGCCACAGUGGUCCAGCAGCCCCAAGCUGGAGCCUUCCACAGCCGGCUGCCCUCGCUCAGGCUGGCCCCUCCUGUGAUGAGGGCUGGCUCUGUGCCCGGUGGCCCAGGCAGGCUGGUCCUGCUACUCGCCACUUUCUGCAUUCACCCGCUGUGCAUGUGUGGCUUCCCACCACCGCGGCCCCCUCCAAGGGGACCCUAGGCCCUGCCUUAAGACCCUGGCUCCACCAUGGUGAAUGCUGGCAGGGCUGGGCUUCCAUGCCCCCUGCCCCUACUCUCCACCCCCAUAUUGGUAUCUCAGGCAGCCCCUCUGGCCUGGACACCAGGAAUCAGCUCACUCAAGCCCAGGCCCCAUUUCUCACACUUGGAGCUCUGUGGUUCCCUUCUCAGGCCACUGUGCUUCUCACUGCACUCUCCAUCCCAGUGCAAAUACUUCCUCACUCUCCCCGUCUGGUGUGAAGACUCCAUGCCCGCCCUUCCCAGUGCCUUCUCAACACUCUGCUUUCUUCAAGCUGUGUCCCUGUUCAGGAUGGCCUUCCACCACCUUCCUGACUGCCAAAUGUCUACAGAUCUUUCAAGAGCCUGCUCCAAUCUUCUCCCUCCUGAACCAUCUCCUGAUCAUCCCAACCAGAGUGAGCUUCUCCUUUGUCUUCACUCCAUUUACUCCAAGGGGACAGCAUCUCUCUGUUUCUUGCCUCCUAUGCAAUGAGGCAAGAUCCUCCAGGGAGACCCCACAUCUGGUGCCCCAUCUGCAUCCCCCCACCCCUGCACAGCCAGUGGUCCCACGGGAGUCAGCUCUGACCCUGUUCUCCAACCUGGACCUCUCUGCCCAGGCCUGGCAUCCCUGGCUCAUCUCCUGCUGUUGGUGCCAGGUUUACCUCGGCUCAGCUCAACAGAUGGACAACCUACUGGGCUGUGUCUUCUCCUCUUCGCAUUUCAGUUUAGCCCCUGGGUCCUGCCUCUCUGAUCACGGUCCCCUCCCUCAUUCUGUACUCUGCAGACCUCCACUCCCAGCCCAGGCCCUGUCUCCAGACCUUCGUUCCAUACCAGACCCUAGAUUCCUGCUUAUCAGGAAGGGAGAGAAUGGGCCACCCAGAUGGGACAUAUGCCCACUGUUCCCUGGACAAUGUCAUUUGUUUAAAAUUCCUUCUCUCUGCCCCCUUACCAUGAGAUCCCUGUGGAUGGAACUAUUUCAUUCCUUCCGUUGCCAAAUAAUAUUGCAUUGUAUGGAUAUAACACAUUUUCCUUAUCCAUUUAUCAGUGGCUGGAUAUUUGAGUUGCUUCUACUUUUUGACCGUAAAUUAUAUACUGCUGUGAACAUUCGUGUGCAAGUUUUGUGUGGACGUAUGUUCUCAAUUCUCUUGGACACAUAUCUAGUUGUGGGAUGUGGGUCUUGUGGUAACUCUAUAUUUAACCGUUUGAGGAACUGCCAGGCGGAGGCCUUCUCUGCUUUCUGCUGUACUUGAACCAGGGAUAGUUUUGAGCCUGGCGCUGCUGGCAGCCACCUUGCCCACACACACAGCCUGAGAAAUCGGGCAGCACGUGCAAGAAAAGAGGCGGACGAGAGAAACCAAGCCCCGGUGACAUGGGAGCAAUCGCUGCUUGGACAGUCCCGUGACAUAAAUCAAUAAAUGCCUUCUUCAUUUACUUUUUAUUCGCUCAUACACACUGUGUAAGCCAGUGUGAGCUGGGUUUCGGGUACCCAAAAUCAAGAGUUAACUGAAUCGGCCUGAAUCAGCCUUCAGCUGAGUCAGGCGCUAACUGCCCGUGCUCACUGACUGUCGGCUCUGCACCCUGCCUCACUCGGAAUCCCAAACAGAACCCAGAGCAGGUGCCCAGUGUUUGCUCAGAGGUGAGGUUCGGAGAGCGCAGGGUGGCCCGGGCUGGGUCACUGAGCUGGGAGGUGGUCUGCAGCCUGCACGGCCCGGCUGGACCAGUCACUCCCUGGUGGAUUCCAGAGAGCGACACGGCCCUUCCCUUCUGCAUCACGCAUUUGACAUUGACCUCUCCUCUGCCUGCCGAGACCUCACUCCCCACUCAUGGAUGCAGCCCAUCACUUCUCUGCACUCCCCACAGCCACAGAGAGAGGUCCGGGCCACUCCAGAGGCAAAGCAGUCUCUAGAGACCCAGUUCCCCUUGGAGGGCUCCAUGAUUUUGCCCAGAGGGGACCUGAGAUAAGUUUCCAGAACUACUUGGUCAAGUCUGCUAGAAGACUGCUGGGAAGGUUCCAUGUGAGAUGGAACGGUAGCCAACACUCUCGGUUGCCACGGGCACUGUUUCCGUCUCUCCUGGUACACGGAGCCGGGCUGGGCAGCCAGGGGAAACACAGGCAGAGCCUUGCCAAGCAGUUCUGUCUGUCCCUCGCCGUGGCUCGUUUGGGUUACAGGAAGGCAGGAUGUUGCAUCUGCCUGGGAUUUAGGCUGGAAACACCCGCGUGCAGGUCUGUACCAGGCCUCGGCGUGGAGGGUCAGAGCAGAGAGCCACAAACACUUCCAAGAAAGGGCACAGUGACAUCUCUGCAAGGAGACGUUAAGGCAGCCCUGCCUCCUGCAAAUCGGUGCGCCUGCACGAGCGGUGGCCGGCAGGAUCAGGGAGGCGUCACAGACCUGAGAUGACAGGAGCCUCAAGGAACGCAUCUGCACGGGAGCUUUGAGAGCCCCCCAAGGCCAUGUGGCCCUUGAUAUGCAAACUAACGAGUUUACAUAUUUUUUCUGGGCAAAACCCUGUAAACUCUUGCUUUUGUCUUUAAUAUAACAAUAUUGGGCGAUAC